AUGACGCAAGUUAUCGAAGUCGAUUAUGUGGUGGCAGGUGCCGGCGGAGUCGGUAUGGCGUUCGUCGACGAGAUCGUCACCCACUCCGACGCGACUGUCGCGAUCAUCGACCGUAAGCAUCUUCCGGGCGGCCACUGGAAUGAUGCCUAUCCCUUCGUUCGAUUGCACCAGACCUCCACCUGCUACGGCGUAAAUUCUACUGAGAUGGGCGGUUACAGCAUCGAUCAGGUCGGUCUGAACAAGGGCUGCUACGAGCUGGCCAGCGGCAGCGAAGUGGUCGCCUACUUCGACACCGUGAUGCGCAAGCGCUUUCUACCCUCCGGGCGGGUGCGUUUCUUCCCGCUAUGCGAGUACAACAAGCAGAACAACACCGCCGUCUCGCUCGUCACCGGUGCAACACACGAGUUCCGCGCCAAGAAGAAGUUCGUCGACGCGACCUACCUGAACGUCACGGUGCCGUCGCAGCGUGAGCCAGAUUUCAAAGUGACCGGCGGCGCGCACGCGGUGGCCGUCAACCUGCUGCCGAAGGUCAUUUCGCAGCACCAGAACUUCGUUAUCAUCGGCUCUGGCAAGACAGGCAUGGAUGCAGUGCUGUUCCUGUUGACCCACGAGGUCGAGCCGGAGCGCGUAACCUGGGUCAUGCCGUCGGACGCCUGGAUGUUCAACCGUUUCGAUGUCAAUCCGGGCCGCAAGUUCAGCGAUCCUGUCACCAAGUACGUUAUGGGCCUGCUGCAGGCUGCGCUCGAGGCCGAGGACUACGACGACUACUUCAAGAAACUCGUUGAGCGCAAGCUGGUGAUGCAGCUGGAUCCGUCGGUCAAGCCUGGUCGCUGGCGUUGUGCCACGUUCACCCCACUGGAACUCGAGCAGUUGCGCCGCGUGAAGAACGUGGUGCGCAAGGGCUAUGUUGAGUCGGUGUCGCUGACUGAGAUGAACAUGUCUAAGGGUACACAUCCGGCGCCGGCCGAUGCCGUGUUCAUUGACUGCGCCGCUGAUGGCCUGCCCAAGGUCCCGAUGGUCCCGGUGUUCAACGGCAAUCGCAUCACGCUGCAGACCGUCCGCAUGUGCCAGCAGGUUUACAGUGCCGGCUUCAUCGGUAACGUCGAAUGCAAUGUAGACGCCGACGAGAAGCGCAAGAAUGAGCUGACCCAGCCCGUACCGCUGCCCUACAAGGACUUCGACUACCUGCGCUGUGCGAUCGCUAAUUGCCUGAACAUCUCAAUCUGGCUGUCUGAGCCGGUCGUUGUCAAAUGGAUCAACGAGUCGCGUCUCGACCUGUUCAGCCCGAUGCUCGAUUUCGGAUGCGAGGAGGGCCUUGCCAACAUCCAGGCAAUGGGUCAGCUGAUCCAGCAGGCGGUCCCGAAGAUGCAGGCGCUGCUGGAUGGCCACAUGCAGAAGGUAAAUGGCGAAGCCGUAGUCGCCUGA